AGUCCUCUACAAGGCAAAUUCUUCGAAGUCUUCUGGCUCAUUUUUAGCUCGUGAUUUAUAAAUAUAAUUGUUUGGGUUAGGGUUUUAAUUAUCAGAUAGAGAUGUAUGCUGAUCGAGUGGAGGAGUGUGCUGGGAAAAGGUCGGUAAAGGAGAGACUCAAUGGCAACUCGUCUAAUAACUUAAAUCCGCGACGUCAAAUCACGGGCAAGAGGCAGAGGCAAUAUGACAAGUGGGAACAUGAUCUUUUCCAAGAUGUACCUAAUGUUUCAAAUCGUAAAAUCGAUGCUCGAGAUCUUCGUUUGAAGCUGCAAAGGAAAAGUGUCCGAAAUGUGUCUCAAAGUGGAAGGGGAACUCCCUCAGGUAUACAUGAUCUUCGUGAAAAAUUAUCUGGAACAAUGAAUCCUCAACCAAUGAAUGCUGAUCCACCCACACAAAAAGUAAAAGUUGCCCAACAAGCCAGGAAAAGUGUAGCAGUUGAAACUACUGAACCAGAGCCCAAUAGGGCUGCAAAUACUAAAGCAAGAAAAAAGGCUAAGCAAAAUGCUGAUGCUUCAGUGGAGGGCUUCCUCCAGUCUCUGUGUCUCGAAAAAUAUGCAAUAACUUUUCAAGUUGAGGAAGUUGAUAUGACUGCACUUGUGCACAUGACUGAUGACGAUCUAAAAGCUUUAGGCAUACCGAUGGGCCCAAGAAAGAAAAUAAUUCUCGAAUUGGAGUCAAGAAGGUGAUAUUCGGAAAUCUAGCAAUGGUCAAUCCUAGAAGAUUGCAAGGCUGUAUUUUGGCUUAUAAGAACCUGCAUAUGUUGCUUGGGUUUUCAUGCAGUUUUAUUAACAAAAGUCUGUCGUGGGUGUUCUCUUUUAGAACAUUAGUGGUUAGAAACUUUAAACCAACUAAUGUGCUGCAUUGUCUUGAUUAAUAUUUUUGGAAGCUUUCAUCAAACUGGACUCAUCAAAAUAGUCUCAAAUUCAACAGAUUUUUUUUUAAUUCUAUUGAUACAAGCCAUGCAUAGAAUGUUUCAAAAAUUGCGUUUUAGAUCUUGUAUUGUUGCUUGAAUGUCUCCCAUGGCUUAUAGUAUCUUCCAUCUUGCUGCUGAUGCAAUUGCUUGAUGUCAGUCUUCGAUACAGGGAAAUACUUAAGAUGCUGCUUUUCUUUAGCCUUCCAAGCUAGGUACUUGGCCUUUUCUUGCUUAUAUCUUCUCAACUCUCUUAGAGCUGCAAGCAUAACAUGCAUCGAAACGGG